UCAUUGCAGGAGGAGGCGCUUGCAUUCCCUUUGAUGCACUCCCACAUACACCGGUUCUCCAAGGUCUGGAAGCAAGCCCCCACUGGCCUUCUCCAGUCCUCUGCCAAAUAUCAGCAAUUGGCUGGCAACCGGUUGAGGGUGUACUCCGCCUUCUGCCCGGAGAUAGCUGUGAGAGGCUCCAGCAUUUCCACAACCCUUGUGAGGAUAAGCUGCCUAAAAAUGACUAAAUGAAUCAUGACACACACACACAAUUAUGAAUGCUUAGCUGCGUAUCAUAGUGUGGGAGUGCCAUACAGUAAUUCAAAUGGUGCCUUUAGUCUAGAAAAAAGUUGCUUUCAUUUGUUAAAAUGCAAUAGCACAAAUCAAUUUGAGCAUUUUUGUUGUUGUUGUAUUAGCUGCCAUUAGUGCCAUUACAUGAAGGUGAACACGUGUUUGUAGUGCCAUCUCUUUAAAGUAAUACUAGGGCAAAACUCUCUGACAUGGGUCUGAUUUCAGUCUGAUAAAAUUCAAUUCAAACUCAUUUGUUUUGAAUUGUUUACACGGGACCAAAGAAUCAAAAGUUUCUCUUUAGUUAUAACCUUGUCUCCACAUUCAGGCAGUGUGGUGAGACCCUCCUGCUCUGAACCAGAAUAGUGAAUGUGAAAGAUUUUUUUUUGUUGUUGCCCAAAAUCACCUGAAGCAGUGCUGUUUCACAAUAGCCAGUGUGCUGGAAAAGUGCUCUGUGACUCACUGAAAUAGGUCAGUGAAGGCAGCUGCUUCCAUUAGCACAAGCUAGAGCGUCCUUGCAAAAAUAUCCCAUAACAUCUGUAAGCAAUGGUUUGAAACAAAACAGAAAACAUGCAAUGGGAUCGCUGUGGGGAUUAUGCAGACAGGGAAACAGUCAGGGAGGAUUUUUUUUAACUCUCGAUUGAUCUGAUAUAUAAAUCAAACUGUCCGUAAUUGUGUAUGUGACUGUGAAUGGUUGUUUGUCUACAUGAGUCCUGCGAUUGGCUGGCAACCAGUUCAGGGUGUACCUCGGCUCCUGUACCUCGGCUCCUGCCCGAUGACAGCUGGAAUCGGCUCCAGCACUCCUGCGACCCUUGUGAGGAUAAGUGGUUCAGAAAAUGGAUGGAUGGAUGGACGGACGGAUGGAGAAAAGGAAGACGUAGCAGCUGCCAAGUCAUACAAAACUACAAACAAGAAAAAGGAGGAUGAUGAUCCGGGGAAACUUAUUAAACCUGCUGAUCAAGUGGAACUCACUGAGGCUGAGCUGAAAGAGGAAAUCACAAAGACUCUGACUGCAAGAAAUCCACAUGCCCCGCAAAAUAUUGCCCACUACAAAUUUAAUGAUGGCGCUUACAAGCUGACCACGGUUGUAAACCACAUGGCCGUUCACUUCGUCUUGGAGGGUUGCCUCGAACAUCAAGACUUUGAUGAUAGUCACAGUCUGACGGCCACCGAGGAACUCACUGAAGAUGCAACAGGCGAGGAGGGCGAAGAAUCUGAUGAGGAUGAUUCUGGUGAUGGAGGUGAGGAAGAGGAGGCUGGAGAAGACGACAUACCAGACAGUGCUGCCUCCAAAGCAAAUGCCGAGCCAAAAUGUACAAAUCAGUUCAACUUUAUCGAAAGAUCCUCUCAAACAAUCAAUAAUCCACUGCAGGGUCGAGCCUGUCAGACUGUCCCACCUCCACGCUGCAACUAUUACGCCACUGCUUUUCAGUGGGACAUAUAUGAUGUUUACAUGGCUGAGCUACAGAAACAAGAGGUGAAAAAAGAGAAACAGAAAGACGACACUUGUGAAAAAAACAAAAAGAUGAUGCUCAUUGAGAAACCUAGUGAUGACAUCACACAAGUAUCCAAAUCUGCCAAGCUGUUGGAGCGCAUGGUCAAUCAAAACACUUUCAAUGAAGUAGCACAAGAUUUCAAGUACUUUGAGGAUGCGGCGGAUGAAUUUAGGGAUGAGGAGGGCACUGUUCUCCCCCUGUGGAAGUUCCAGUAUGACAAAGCCAAAAUGAUGUGUGUCACUGCCCUCUGUUGGAAUUUUAUUUAUCCAGAUUUUUUUGGUGUGGGAUUGGGAUCAUAUGACUUCAGCAAACAAGGCCGUGGGAUGCUUCUCUUCUACACGUUGAAGAACUCUACCUACCCCGAGUACAUCUUUCCUACAGGUUCUGGUGUGCUGAGCCUCGACAUUCACAAGCAACAUUCCUACCUAGUUGCUGUCGGUUUCUACGACGGCUGUGUGUGUGUGUACAAUUUGAAAAACAAGGGCCAGAACCCUCAAUACAAGAGCACUGUGAACACUGGCAAGCACACCGACCCAGUCUGGCAGGUACGCUGGCAGAAUGACAACAGCCUCAAUUUUUAUUCUGUGUCUUCGGAUGGCCGAGUUGUGUCCUGGAUGCUUAUUAAGAAUGAGCUGGCCUUCUCUGACGCUCUCAAGCUCACAUUGGAUUAUACUGUGUCGGAUGGCCUGGAGGGGAUUCAGGAACUUAUUAGAGCUAGUGGCACAUCUUUUGACUUUCACACACAGAUUGAUGAUCUCUUCAUAGUUGGCACUGAGGAGGGGAAAAUACACAAGUGCUCAAAGAACUACUCAAGUCAGUACCUCAAGACAUAUGAAGCCCACAACAUGGCAGUGGGCACUGUAAGGUGGAACCCCUAUCACUCCAAGGUGUUCAUCUCCUGCAGCUCGGAUUGGAGUGUCAAGAUCUGGGACCAGGAUUUCAACACUCCAAUGUUUACUUUUGAGCUACAUGCAUCAGUUGGGGAUGUGGCCUGGGCGCCGUACUCCUCUACUGUCUUUGCUGCUGUCACCACAGAAGGAUUGGUUCAUGUUUUUGACCUUGCCAUCAACAAGUAUCAGGCUAUCUGCCAACAGCCCGUGGUGAAUAAAAAGAAGACCAAGCUGACUCAUAUUGAGUUUAAUCCCGUUGAGCCCGUCUUCAUAGUGGGUGAUGACAGAGGCUCUGUUAUCAGUCUCAAACUGUCCCCUAACCUGCGCAAAAAACCAAAAGGGAAGAAGGGUCGUGAUUUGGUGGAAGGUCCUGAGGCCGAAGUUGCCAAGAUGGAGAAGCUACUCAGUCUGCUGAGACCUUGAGCAAAGUGCUGCUUUCAAGUAGUCGGCAUUUCUUUUCAUCAGCUCUGUAAAGUACAAUAAAGUAUUUCAUGAAAGAAAAA